AUGGAUAACUGCGCUUUUGACACAUGUGCCUUAUGGGAAGCUCUGAAGAAGUGGCAGGAUUCGGGCGACCCCUCAGGAAAGAGACGACGGAGCAGAGCCUCCUCCUCGGAGCGCUGCUGCGUCGACUUCCACUUCGAGCGCGGUUCGGUGAAGUUUGAUAAGAAGAUGUAUUUCUUGGAGAACGACCGCCGCAACUGCAGAACGUACAAGAUCCUGGAAGCCUCCGUGCAGAAGGAGCUUUCCUUCUAUCAGCAGAAGGCCAAGGAAUGGGCAGAGCAUGAGGACUUCCUCCUGGCUCUGCAGGUCAAUGAGGACGAAUACAAGAUGGUAGGAGGCACACACACCGUCACUGUGGAUCAGACUUGUGAACCGACCUGCGCUUGUCUAAUAGCGUGUUUGCUCGUGUUGCAGUCGGAGCUGAGCUGCAUGGAGGGAGGCUGCCCGUGCUCCUUCCCGGUGUGUGAGCUGGAGAAAGUCCUCCCGGAGAACAUACUGUUUAAAUACUACGAGAGGCAGGCGGAGGAGGCCGUCGCCGCCGCCUGUGCUGAUGAACUUGUGCGGUGCCCGUUUUGCAGUUUCCCAGCCUUGUUGGACAAAGACCGGUCUCUGUUACGCUGUCCCGACCCCCGGUGCCGCAAGGAGAGCUGUAGGAAGUGCCACGUCGAGUGGAAGCAGCACGUGGGGAAGACGUGUGAGCAGGUCCUGGAGAAGGACGAGAUCCGCAAGAGGCAGUUCUUCGAGGAGAGCAUGACGGCCGCCCGGGUGAGGAAGUGCGUGAAGUGCACGAUGGGCCUGGUGAAGUCCGAGGGCUGCAACCUGAUGUUGUGCCGCUGCGGCAGCCUCAUGUGCUACCUGUGCAGGGAGCCGAUCACGGGCUACAUCCACUUCUGUCAGCACGCGCGCAACCCCGGCGCGCCCUGCGAGCACUGCCACAAGUGCUCCAUCUGGACGGACCCCACGCAAGACGACGAGCGGAUCAUUCGGGACAUCCAGAAGGAGGGCGAAGCGGAGCUCAAUAAGAAGUCUUUAGAUAAUCCGGGGAAGCGGGUCGGCCCUCCUCCGGAGCCCAUCAUCAAGGCCAAGCGUCUGUGCAUGCACCCCCUGCACCCUCAACCCGCGGCCCCCCCCCCACCCGCAGGCUGGUGGUACAGGCCGGCAUGUACCAUCAGCUGAUGAUCCCCCGGCCCCCUGUGUUAAUGUUAAUAUCCAAAUUCGUUGGAAGACCCUAAAAGUAUUCUGUUGACGAGAAUAGAGAUGAACACGUCGUUGAGCAGAGGUUGAAAUGGAGUCUCACCACAAAACCACUCUCUUACUUUAUAGUUAUCGUUCCCGAGAGGAAGCGUGUUUGUUUUGUUGAUGCCAGUUUGGACAUGACUGAAAACACAUCAUCUAUAUGUCUGUCCGUUUAGACGUUGUGCUCACAUCGACACAGGAAGAUAAAACACUUACAGCACGGUACGUGCACUGAUGUGUACAGUGGGUACGGAAAGCAUUCAGACCCCUUUAAAAUGCUCACUCUUUGUUUCAUUGCAGCCAUUUGCUAAAAUCAAAAAAGUUCAUUUUAUUUCUCAGUAAUGUUCACUCAGCGCCCCAUCUGGACAGAAAAAAACAAAUGUAGAAAUGUUUGCAAAUUUAUUAAAAAAGAAAAACUGAAAUAUCACAUGGUCAUAAGUAUUCAGACCCUUUCUACAUUUCAGGUUUUUUUUGUCCAGAUGGGGUGCUGAGUGAACAUUACUGAGAAAUAAAAUUAACUUUUUUUUUAUUUUAGCAAAUGGCUGCAAUGAAACAAAGAGUGAACAUUUUAAUGGGGUCUGAAUACUUUACAUACCAACUGUAUACACGUUCGUAAGAGUUGCAUUUUUACACCUGUAUGUGUAUCUGGAAAUUGAUGUGCACGCCGUGUGGGAAAACAGGGUAUUUAAUCUACCGGUAAAAUGCCUUUUUGUAUACAGUAGACAUUUAUGGUUCAUACUUUUACGUCACACAGCUCCUUAAAGCAGUGGUUGAUUUUUUAUCCAGCCAGGAUGGAAGAGGACUCAUCCCAGACGCUCCACAUUUGUCCACAUGAGGUUGUCAGCCUGCAUGGCUUCAGAAAAUAUUUCACACAGCAGGUCAUGAACAUUUUAUCUUUUUAAUUAACGUUUUUUUAAGAAGUUAUUUCCAUGAUAAAUAAAAGAGCCCUCUGGUUUUAA